GGAGGGGCUGCCCCAUUCACAGGGCUAGUCGGCAGGCAGGCAAAGCGCAGGGGCGGCCAAACACCAUCUACGACGUAGUGUGUGAGGCGAAUUAUGGUCUCUCACUGAAACUAUCAGGCUACGUUUAAACUGCGCUAUCAUUGUCAGCCGUUUCGACAUUCUCACCAAGUAAAAACCGAAAUCAUCCUCUCAGGAACAGGAUUUGGGUGUCUCCUUCACUGAAUACUGGAGGAACCCUUCUGUGCUCGACCUGCCGCGGAAACAGUCUGACUUCCUAGUCGCCUGGUUCCUCAACGCUACUGCAGACCCGGCCACCCUCCUCGGCUCAUUUAACCCAAUCUGUUCGCGGACUUCUGGAUCUGGCAUCUGGGCACAUCGGAACUGGUCUAUCGUCGUUGUAGACACACAAACGUGCCUGUGUGUGUGUGUGUGCUUCUGCUGCCUGUAUAAUGCCGACACAUUUGCGGUUCCGGAGAAGGUCAUUCCUUGGGCUUUUAUUCCUCUUUUCACUGUCCACCUCCGCAUUAUAUUUCAUCUAUUCCGCCCCCGGAAUCGUAAAUGAGUACGUGUUCAUGGUCCAAGCCAGAGGGAUCCAGAUCAGAGAUAACGUGAAGAACAUUGGGGCUCAGGUUCUGGAGCAGGUGGUGAGAGGGGCUUACAGCAUCAAUGGCACAGAUUAUCCCUAUGACUUCAACAUGAGCGAGAGUGAUGCUCCUCCCACCACAUACCUCCCUGAGGACUUCACUUACCUCCCCACGCAAGUUUGCCCCGAGAGGCUACCCUCAAUGAAGGGCAGGUUGGAGGUGAAUAUGAGCGAGGUAUCUUUGGAAGAGGUGGAGAGAUCCUUACUGGAGGGAGAGCCCAACGUGGUCCCAGGAGGCUACUGGAAGCCCAAAGACUGUUUACCCCGCUGGAAGGUGGCAAUCCUAGUCCCCUUCAGGAACCGACAUGAACACUUACCCAUUCUCCUGAGACACCUGGUGCCAGUGCUGCAGAAACAGAGACUCCAGUUUGCCUUUUAUGUCAUAGAGCAGGGGGGCACGGAGCCAUUUAACCGAGCCAUGUUGUUCAACGUGGGAUACAAGGAGGCUAUGAAAGACCUGGACUGGGACUGUCUGAUCUUCCACGACGUGGACCAUCUCAUGGAGAAUGACAGAAACUACUACGGCUGUACAGACAUGCCCCGGCACUUUGCGGUCAAACUCGACAAGUACUCCUACAUGCUUCCUUAUAAUGAGUUCUUUGGUGGUGUCAGUGGCCUGACGGUGAAGCAGUUCAAAAAGAUUAAUGGAUUUCCUAAUGCAUUCUGGGGCUGGGGAGGAGAGGACGAUGACCUCUGGAACAGGGUGCGGUUUGCCAAUUACACAGUAAGUAGACCACAAGGGCAGCAGGGACGCUACAUGUCAAUUCCACAUCACCAUCGCGGGGAAGUCCAGUUCCUAGGAAGAUAUAGUCUGCUACGCCACUCAAAGGAGAGACAGAAAGUGGAUGGUCUUAACAACCUGAACUACUCCCCCCUAGUGUCCAGGAGGCCUCUAUACACCAACAUCACAGUCAGCUUGAGCAGAAAGCUUGCGCCCAUAGCUGACUACUGACGUAGGCACAGCUGGACUGCAAAACACCUGGGAAUCAAAGUCCUCUGGGACAUCAGCCAUAUCUCACCAGUUGCAGCACUGCUUAGAACUUUUUAGUUGACUGAUUCUUUGCUUCUUCUUUUGUUUUUUUGUAUGCAAAAAAGGAGACUCAAAUAAGUAUGUUGGAUAAAUCAUAUAAGAAAUUAUUGAUAAAUGCUGCACUUGUUUGUGCCACAGUCCAUCACUCCUCUCAUCUGGGCUUUUCUAGUCUUCAGUCUCCACAUGCCUUUCGCACCAUUUUGGCCUUCAGCAUCCAUUCAUUCAUUUGUGUUCUUACUCAGUCAAUGAUCAGCGCAGCCCUACACUAUUGUGCUUGUUUAUUAAAAUAGGCCAUGAUACACACACACGCACCCCCCCACACACACACAACAUUUUGACUUACACGUGCUGACAUGGUCCCUGAGGCUUUGAUUUUUCUUUGCUCUUGCGCUUCUUAUUUCAAAAAAUGCAGUAAACCUGUGAAAACAUUUUGCAUGCACACACGACCACACAGCAACUAUAGCCGAGUGGAUUCUUGCAGCUGGUUCUGCAGAAGGUAUGCCAAAUCUACAAGUGAAGACAGCCAGAGAAAAUAAUAGAAUGAGUGUAUAGAGUGUGUAUACUGUAUGUGAAGUUUAUCCUCAGUUUAGAGAAUAUUAAUACCGUAAGCAUCUCUUUCAAACAUAUAUAUAUUUUGACCUGUGAACAUACCAUUUUUUUAAGACUGUGAUGUUUGUGUUUGCAUAGUUGCAUUGGAUGUUCUGGCUGCCUGCAAGUGGCUGUAUGUUGGAGAGCAAUGUUCAUCCUGUUAGCAAUAAGCUGUAAUAUCAGACAGCAGAACUUAGACCUGACUUCCUCACUAUACAGAUGCAAUAGCGCGGGUGCUAGCAUGCCCUUACUGGACUACAGAGAAGGAGUGACUGCGUAUGCAAACUUCACAUACAACACACCUUUGCUUAGGCAAACAUGCCACCCUUUUCAGAACCUGUGUGUGCAUAUCUGUGCGUAAGUGAGGGAGAGCUAUGCAAAUGGCCUGCAUGUAUCCUGUUGUCAGUGAAAGGUCUUCAGGGUGACCUCCGGGAGCCUUCACCUCUGAAAACUGUGACAGACUGACUUUAGAUCUCACUUUGUGUGUGGCGUGUGAAGUCCAGGCCAGAGAGAAAGAAACAGCUGCCGUUUUAUUUUUAGAUCCCACAUCCUUAAUGUUUACUCACCUUCAUUUUUUUUAUGGGGGGUAAUUGUAUUGUUUGCCGUCACUGUCACUGGUGUUUACAGAAGCUUUUCCUUUGUUAUUUUUCAGAUUGUCUUGUGUUUGUAAUACUGUUAGCCAGCCCUCCGCCACUGUGGUGCUGUGAAAACUGUAUCACUACAGCAACCAAUCUGUGGCUGCUGUUAUUUUUUUAUGUAGACGUGGAUAGGGAAGAGAAGAUUUGAAUGCUUACCUAAGAUGAUUCAAAUGCUUUGUUAGCUUGUGGCCAGGCUUUGGCCAGUCAGUUUCUUUGCAUAUAUCCAAUUUUGGGGUGUUGGUCUAAGUUUUUUUUUGUUCUGUGGCAUGCAGCUUAACACUGUGCAUUGACACAACUGUCAGCACUCUGGCAGUACUCAGCAUUUGCUAAAAUGUCCCUUCCCUGAUUUGUGUGUUUGACAGUGUUGAUUUUGAGUAUAAUAUCCCAAUACUGUAAACGUAGUUCCUUUUUAAAGACAACAAAAAUACAUUCAGACACUUUCUCCUCACUGUCUGUCUUCUAGUCAUGCAGCUACUUCAUUGCACACAAAUCGCCUUGUAUGCAUUUCUUAAGAUGUAUUUUUUGUGUGUGUGUGUGUGUGUGUGUGUGUGUGUAAAAUGUAGGUGAUGGACAAACUGUGUGUGUUCCCACAAAGAAAUAAGAAGUAAAGAGGCUGGACCUCAUUUUAUUUAUUUAAUCUUUUAUGGAUUAUUUUCUGUAAUUCAGUUUUUAUUUUUCUUGCGUUUGAUGUGAUGAUUUAGUAGGUGACACAUGACAGACUGUGUUAUAUGCACUGAAACUUGUAGUUAUGCGUAUUUGUGUGGGAUUGUGAGGGUCAGGUCUGUGUAAACAGGGAGCUGUUCCAUUUCGUUUUGACGCAGAUUCCCUCUUCAGAAAUGACAUGAAAAAGCUGGUUUUGAUGAAAUGGAACGGACCCCCCCACCAUAGCCUGGUGUGUAUUAAUCUGCUAAACGGACACGUUGGAGGAGGCCAUUUUGUGUGACAACCACAGGAAGAGUUAGACACAUGCUAAUGGUCACUGUCUUUCACUGAGCACCUCCUUUAUACUAAUUGAUAAUCAAUGGUGCUGACCUUCCAGAGCUCCCACUGAGGGAGUGUCUCUCUACGUGCUUACUGGAACCAAUCCUAACAUCAUAAAAGGUAAAAUCAAAAGGAAAAACAUCCCUGUAACUUUUCACCUCUUGCAUUUUAUUCCAACCUGCAUGUGGCAUAGAUAUUCUACCGUUGUUGUAUUUUUUAUUUUUAACAUCGAUACAUUUGUAAACCUGUUGCCUUUCCAUCCUGCCAGGUGAAGGUAAUUUGUGUAUUUGUUGUUCUGGUUCAUUGCCACACGCAUAAGCACGUGUAUACCUCCUAGCCAAUCACACAGGAGGUGCCCAGUGGAGGUAAUGGACAGUAGCAGCAUUUGUGUUGAGUUUUCUUUUCCAUGUGUGUUUGAGUGAAAUGGCUAAACCUUUCAGAGGUCUAACUGUCCUCCAUUUAAAUUUCGGCGUUUUCGUUUUUUGUUUUCCAGCACUGAUAAGAAAAUGAUUUAUAGUGACCUGGUCGUGAACAACUCACAGGUUCUUUUCUAGUGUUUGACAAUUACAUGCUACACUGUAUAUUAUCUUUUAUUUUUUCAUUGUUUUAAAUUAAAAGCUAGAUGGACAUAUAGCAAAAGCCAAAUGGUUUUAGUUUAAGUGUUCAGGUGAAGAUUCAGAUCUUGAGGUACAUGUCUAUAUAAAGAGGUCCUCUAGAUGACAUAGAUGUUCCUAGAGUCAGUAUAAGACUCUAUUCUCCACAGUGUAGAAUGAGCAGCUUCAUUAGCCAACACCGUAAUUGGCAAGAUGGGUUUUCUGCGACCACUAGACAGCUUUGUCCACUAGAUGGCUAAGUAACGAGGGUCAAAUCAGUCAUCAAUUAUUUUGUUUUUUAUUUAAAACAGAAAAUUGAUUGUUUUAGUUGGUGAUAAGAGCAUGCUGGCUACUCAUUUUCCUGAGAUAUAUUAGUACAUGGUCCAGACCAAGGCCAGGCCUGCUGCUCACUCAAGAGGCUUCAUCGUACCAUGUUCUCACCUGCUCUUAUCCAUUCUGUGCUAGUUUAAAUGAAGGGACCAUUCUUUUGGUAUCUGACAAGACUGGCAGCCUUAAAGCUUCUUAAUUUAUUGCAGUUUUUUUUCACUCGAGUUUUUAUUUUUUUUAUAAGCAAAAAUAUUUAAAUUGAAAAAAUAGCAUAUCAAGAAAGUGAUCAUUGUAAAUAUUGUUGUGUGUAGUGUUUUAGAAAUUCUAUAAGGUCUUAAAUCACUACAAAUGCUAGCGUAAAGAACAAGGCUUUGGAGAGGAUUGGCUGGGGGUUUAUCCGGUGCCAUUUACUAUAAGUGCUAGUGAAGCUUACACAGUGACAUCAAUGUUUUUACAUCACUGCUUCCCAGCACAGCUUUCUUUUAAAAAAAAUUAAAAUUAUCAUUAUCCCCUGGAUUUUAGAUUCCUCUCACGAUCUCUGAGGUUUUCUGCAUUCCAGUGGCCUCCCUGUAUGCUGUAUCAGUUGAAGAGAUGUAUCAUAGCAGACGCAGGCAUCAGUCUUCAGAUGAAGUUAAGUGUCCCUGUAUCUGCAUGGGAUGUGUCUUUGAUAGUGACAGCUGUUGGGGUAAGGUGCAGGUCAGAGAAAGGCACUGCAGGAUGGGGAUGUGUCAGCCAAAAACACCAUAUGCUUACAAUGCAAUGAAACCCGGGCACCCAAACCAGCGACACAAUCCACUCUAAAAUCUACACAGAUAAAUUUUUUUGUAUGAAAGCUAACUAUUAAAAAUAGAAAAAAAGAAAAAGGAUUCAAAUUGCUAAAUUUUAAAAUAUAUAUUCUCUGAUUGUAAGGAGAGACAUUCUCCUUGAAUUGAAGCCAUUUGAAGCCACUUGUCAAAACUUGAUGUCAGCCUUAUGUGGAUCUGUUUGUGUAUUGGCAUAUUAUCUUUUGAUUAUUGAAAUUUAUAUGAUGGAGAUUUUCUUUUAUACCAUCAUUGUUAUUGUCGAAGUACACCAAUAAAAUGAAACUUGUAAAGAUACAGUA